AUGACGACCCUGGAUUUUAAAGUUGCCCUUGAAGAUCGACGCUUGGCGCCGCUCACUCAACUGGUGGCGUUGGCGGCGCUUGACGGUGCCGUCUUGCCAUCGCAUUGCGACCCGCUGACGGUGUCGCGCGUCUGCCUUACCGCGUUGGCGCACUCGUGCUGUGGCGAAGACAAUGCGGAUUUGGAACAGGUGUGCGGCGCGAUUCUUCUCCACCUUGGCAUGAGAUGCGAUGCGCUGCGGGACACUAUAGAAGAAUGGACGUUGACGCCUCAGUUCAUCACAAGAAGUGCCGACAAGAACGGCCUUCUUGCUGAGCGCCGUCUCUUGGCGCAGUUAAAAAUGGAGCAGCAAGUCGCACGUCACAUCCUCUCCACGACAUUGCCGCAAUGA